GAGCUGGAACGACCACAUCUCUCCUGUUUCAUGCCAAUCUCUAUUACAGUUUGAAAGUCUGUUGAGAUGAAAAGGUUUAGAUGACAAGAAACGCAUCGUAGAAUAACAUCUCUGAGUCCGCUGUCGAUUUGUGUAGUUGCAUUUUAACUAUUCUGUGUGCGAAGUUUAUAUUUGGACCUUUCCCAGCUUUGCGGAGGAAGCGGAAAUUAACAGCCAGCUUGCUUUUCCCAGAGCUGCUUCGGAGUCGGAAAAAUGAACUGAAACAGGGCAAAAGAGAGACAGUCGUGUAACAUUUUACAGUUGUAAAAAUGCCGAAUUUCGAAAUAAUUUAAUAAUAAGCUUUUUUUUUUCUUUUUCUUUUUUUUUUUUUUUUUUUUUCUUUUUUUGCUGUGUAAAGAGGAUUGGAGACAGAGAUUAUAUGUGGGUUGACAGCACCCAGUUAAGGAAGAUCUCUCAGUACAUGGCCAGCUGGAACAAGGACAAAAAUUAGGAGAUUGAAUCUGAUUGGUCAGGUCUGUUAGAAAGACCUCCUGUUUUUAGAGACACUGUCUUCAGGAUCUCUAUAUCUGUCUCGUAUCCACACAAUUUGUGUCAUGGAAGCAAUAGCCAAGUACGAUUUUAAAGCAACUGCAGAUGAUGAAUUAAGUUUCAAUCGAGGAGAGAUUCUAAAGGUUUUAAAUGAGGAAUGUGACCAGAACUGGUACAAGGCAGAACUCCAUGGAAAAGAGGGAUUUAUUCCUAAAAAUUACAUAGAAAUGAAGUCACACCCCUGGUUUUAUGGGAAGAUUCCCCGUGCAAAGGCAGAAGAAAUGUUAAAUAAACAGAGACAUGAUGGAGCUUUUCUCAUUAGGGAGAGUGAGAGUGCACCAGGAGACUUCUCGCUCUCUGUCAAAUUUGGUAAUGAUGUCCAGCACUUCAAAGUCUUACGGGAUGGAGCGGGGAAAUACUUCUUGUGGGUGGUCAAAUUUAACUCGUUAAACUCCUUAGUGGAUUAUCAUCGGUCUACUUCUGUGUCCAGAAAUCAACCCAUUUUCCUCAGGGACAUUGAACAGGUACCACAGCAUUCCACGUAUGUUCAAGCUCUGUUUGACUUCGACCCUCAAGAGGACGGAGAGCUGGGUUUCAGACGUGGAGAUUUUAUCCAGGUUCUGGACAAUUCUGAUCCUAAUUGGUGGAAGGGUGCCUGUCACGGACAGACCGGAAUGUUCCCUCGCAAUUAUGUCACACCUGUCAAUCAAAAUAUGUAACUUUGAGAAAAAAGAACCGCCUCAGUUCCACUGCUUAAAGCACCCAUACGCUUCCAGCUGGGUUACCACGGAAACAGAAACCACAGUGAGAUGGAGAGAAAAGGCUCAAUUGGUGAUGUGAAUGCCGAUUGGUUGAAAGAAAGAGACUGUGCUGUUUGGAUGGUUAACAUUGUAUGACACAGUAUUGGCUGUAUGAGAAGAGUGUUCCAGACUGAUAUGUUGUGUGUGUGCUGUGUAUCACAUCAACUUUGCUUUAUAUGUACAUUUCAUGUUAUAUGACAUCAACAGUACUGAAGAAAAAAAAAAUUAUCUAUUUUAUGUGAAGGAAAGUCUUGAUAUCACUCGCAUUACACCACUGAAAGACUUUGCUUUGCACCAGAUUUCAUUUUAAAAUAAACUCCAUGUUAUGUUUUAGUUGUUAAAGUGUGUGUGUGUGUGUGUGUGUGUGUGUGUGUGUGUGUGUGUGUGUGUGUGUGUGUGUGUGUGUGUGUGUGUGUGUGUUUCACAUGUUUGUCUCUUUUUUUCAUCUUUAUUAGUGACAUCAUGAAAGUGUUAAAUUUUGUGUGGGAUGAUCAAACAUAAAUUCAUGCCAUAAUCAAAUACUUUUCUCUUACAUCAGGAUAACUUGAAAAUGUAAUGGUGCCAAAGCUUCUGUAGCAAAUAAAUGAUUUUUAUAAAAAAUAUUCUUAUUAUUAUUACUUUUAAUUAAGCCUCAAAAUAUGGCACUUGGAUAUAUGAGUAUGUUUGACACUGUAAUAUUAUCCCACAUACCGGUAAAUUACACAGAAUAAAGAUAUUUCCAAUUAAACCUCCCAGUACACUUAUAUGUGAAAAUUGUAUUUGAUUAAAUAUCAAUCUGCUUAGUAGUGAAUGCAAUAACCAUUCAUCAACAAAAUCGAUGAUUUGGAGAUUUUCAGGUAUCUUGUAACAUCCUAAAAGUAUAUAUUUACUUUUGUUUUAUGUACACUGCCUGGCCAAAAAAAAAGUUGCACACUCUAAUAUUUCGUUGGACUGCCUUUAGCUUUGAUUUCGGUGCACAUUUGUCAUGGCAUUGUUUCGACAACCUUAUGCAAUGUCACAUCAUUUAUUUCCAUACAGAGUUGCAUUAAUUUUUGGCCAAGAUCUUGCUCUGAAAAGCCUUCUCCAGCAUAUCCCAAAGACUUUCAAUGGGGUUAAGGUCAGGACUCUGUGGUCGCCAGUUCAUGUGUGAAAAUGAUUCCUCAUGCUUCCUGAACCACUCUUUCACAAUUUGAGCCUGAUGAAUCUUGACAUUGUCGUCCUGGAAUAUGCCCAUGCCGUCAGGGAAGAAAAAAUCCAUUGAUGGGAUAAUCUGGUCAUUCAGUACAUUUAGGUAGUCAGCUGACUUCAUUUUAUUGCCGCAGAAUGUUGCUGAGCCCAGAUCAUAACACUGCUUCCAGAGGCUUGUACAGUGGGCACUAUGCAUGAUGAGUGCAUCGCUUCAUGCGCUUCCCUUCUUACCCUGACGCGCCCAUCACUUUGGAAUAGCGUAAAUCUGGAAUCAUCAGACCACAUGACCUUUUUCCAUUGCUCCACAGUCCAAUCUUUAUGCUCCCUAGCAAAUUGAAGUUGUUUUUUCCUAUUAGCCUCACUAACAAGUGUUUUUAUUUUUUAUUUUUUUUUUUGGCCACACAGCUGUUUAGUCCCAAUCCUGUAAGUUCUUGUCACAUUGUGCAUUUUGAAACAUAGCCGUGAGUUCUACUGUCGAUUUUUUUUAUGAUGUGACUUCACCAGGCGUUUUAGUGAUCUCUGAUCACGCUUAUUCAAGAUUUUUUUCUGACCACAUUUCUUUCACGUAGCUGACAGUUCACUCUAUCCUUCCAGGUUUUAAUAAUGCGUUGGACAGUUCUUAACCCAAUUCCAGUGACUUCAGCAAUCUCUUUAGUUGUUUUCUUUGCUUGAUGCAGGCCAAUAAUUUGCCCCUUCUUAAACACAGUAACAUCUUUUCCAUGACCAUGUGAUACGCCUUCCGACAUGGUUGUUUAAGAAAUGAGAAGCUACACAGUGCAACAGUUGGGGUUAAAAUAAUUGUUGCCAGCUGAAACACAUUAAUCACUGCAAUAAUGAUCCAAUCAUUGGCUCUUAAGUAUCUGCUUAUUUAAAUCCAAACAGCAACUUUUUUUUUGUUUUUUGGCCAGGCAGUGUAGUUAUUGUAUGACUGGGUUAAAGAAGACAACUUUGAAGAAUGUUGUAGUGAGACAUAAUGGAGGGAAACUUCCUUUCGACAACAAAGGGCUGAACAUUCUCAGAUUGUUAGCUUACUGAUAUUGUUAUUAUGCAGUUUGUCAUUAUGUCAUGAAACAUGAUUGUCAUCUAAGGCAGCCAUACAACUAUUUUAAUAAUGACUGUAUUACUCAUCACAAUUUACAAGAGGUGUUGGAAGCCUCCUUUUGAAGCUGAGGGUGUUACAUGGUGUCACCUGAGGUUGCUACUAAAUUUCUGUUGUUUUCCUUUUUUUAAUUAUUAUUUUGUUUCCUUCUAUGAUCCUUUUCCUGUUUGACUAAAAGUAAACCAUCAUGUGCAUCACUUUUUGAUGAUUAUUAUAAUUAAUAUUUUUACCUUUGAAGUGGAAACCCAUAAACUGUUAACAUCAGUUGUUUUAUGCUUGUUUAGGUAAUCUGUAAUUUGUUCUCUUGGUGGCAGCUUCAAAUUAUUUUUAAAAUGUUCAGCUGUAAUGAAUUAUGGUUCUUGUCCACAGAAAUGAGGAGUCAGUAUUUAAUGGAAUAAUGUUUUAUGUUGUUAUUCAGCCAUUCCAUUAUAUCAGAUGCUGUAAGGCUCAACAAUAGAACUCACCAGGCAUCUGUUUGCUGUCUGAGUAGUGCAUUUCCAUAAUGCUGGAGUUUAUGUACACCUUUUUAUUGUAUGUACUGAAAUGCAUGAAAAACUUUUAUCCCUUUAAGUGUUGCUUUUGUUUGUUUGUUUGUUUUUUGCUUUUUUAAAUCACUGAUAAUAUUUUUGGGUGGUUUACAUGACUUAGUUUUUUUACUUUUAGUUCAGUAUCUCAGAUAAAAAUGUUAUAAAAAAUUUCAGUCAGUGUUAUGAAUAAAAUUGCUAUGUGGAAUUUUGAGCUGAACAGCAAGAUGCUGUCCUGCAGUACAUUUUCAUGUCCCCUUUAUACAUGUCUUAAUAUACAGUGCAUCCGGAAAGUAUUCACAGCGCUUCAGUUUUUCCACAUUUUGUUAUGUUACAGCCUUAUUCCAAAAUGGAUUAAAUUCAUUAUUUUCCUCAACAUUCUACAAACAAUACCCCAUAAUGACAACAUGAAAGAAGUUUGUUUGAAAUCUUUGCAAAUUUAUUACAAAUAAAAAAUGAAAAAAAAAUCAC